GAAACUUCACAAGACAUUACAACCUUCAUUUUUUUUUUCUUGUUAAAGAACAGACUGCAAGCUCAGAGUGCAUUGGCAACAUCCAGUUCCGUUGGUGUGGCAGUGAAGUAUGGCGGUCCAGUUGAUGUAGCCAAGCAUGUUCUUCAAUCAAGUGGAGUGAAGGGUCUCUUCAAAGGCUUGAUUCCAACAUUGGCAAGAGAAGUUCCGGGAAACGCUGUGGCAUUCGGCACCUACGAGCUGCUAAAACAGCAGUUUGCAGGAGGUCGAGACACUUCGAAUCUAGGAAGAGGGUCUCUAAUAGUAGCUGGUGGUGUAGCUGGAGCUGCGUUUUGGCUAGCUGUGUAUCCAACUGAUGUUAUCAAGAGCGUAAUUCAGGUGGAUGAUUACAAAAACCCAAGGUUUUCUGGUUCCAUUGAUGCUUUCAGGAAAAUCAUGGCCUCAGAAGGAGUUAAAGGGCUAUACAAGGGUUUUGGACCUGCCAUUGUCCGCAGUGUCCCAGCCAAUGCAGCUUGCUUCUUGGUAUACGAAAUCACCAGGUCUAGUUUAGGUUAAGGAAUUGAAUUCAUAUUGGUUCAUAGCUUAUGGCUUAAAAGAAAAGCCAUUGUGGCCAUUCA